ACAUUUCCGCGAGCCGCCUAGUGCUCAACUACGACCCCGGAGACCCCAAGGCGUUUACCGAGAUUAACAGGCUCUUGCCUUACUUCCGACAGUCCCUCUCGUGCUGUGUUUGCGGUGAGACGCUUUUUAUUGUUCCCUUUUUAGGCUUGUUUUAAAAGAAACCUGGGCAAUGGCAACAGAAACGGUUCGACGACGUGGUAGAUUGUAUUAAGCUUUGGUUAUUUGUGCAGUAGUGUACGGUCAUUAGUUUUGAAACUCGCCGAAGGACUUUUGUCUGGCAUUUCAGAAAGACAGAACCCUUCUAAACCACUUUGUACAGCUGUCUGAACGUCACAACUGUUUAAUUUGCCUUAGGUCAGUCAGUUCCUUCGGAUUUCUGAGGAUGAUUUUUUAAAAUGACGUGAAAUAUGCAUGCAUCCUGCUGUUUUUUUAACCUUCACUGUAAGAGUUGAUCUAAUACCUGCCUGGUGAAAUCUGGUUAAAACAUGUACAUGUGGCGUGUUUGCAUUUCCCCAAACCGGUGUUAUGUGUGGGUGCUGGUGUAAUGUGAUGUGCCCACGGCUAGAGAACUCGGUGCGGAACUUUCCCCCAGGUUCUUCCACAAAUGCUGUGACAGUUGUGCGGUAAACAGUGAGCCAAGGAAUACUUGAUAGGGCAUUAAGUUCUUUUUAGCUAGUGGGAUUUUUACAGGAUUACGUUUCUUAUUUAAUGGCUUUAAAAUAUUGUGGCCUGGUAGAGGGUUAUUUUAGGUAUUUUUGUUAAAUAUAUUAAUUUGUGCUGGGGAGGAUAUUUUCUAGUUAUUUUUGAGAGAUGAUGACAUGCUAAAUUUGUCUAAUCCAAGUGUCUCAAAAAGUGAUAGUUUGGAUUAACUGUGCACAUGUAAUAGUUAUUAAAAAUUACAUGAAAAUGUUAAUAAAAAGGAAAGGGCACCUGGCCAAAAAGAGCAGUAAUAUACUUUGUUUCAUAUUCUUAUUUCGCCAAAAAUUUUGAGGUUUUGUUGAUCUGUUCACUUUAGUCAGAACCUGAGAAAUUUAGGCAUUUCAGGCAUUCACUUUGUCUUAAAUUAGAUCAAAAGGAGUAAUUUUGUGACUGUAUUCAUCUGAGAUCCAUCCAACAUUUUCUGUAUAGCCCUGGGGUAAGGCACUGAAGGCAUGCAGAAGAGGUGAAGAUUGUGUUUUUUUGCACACCAGUGGCAUUUCAGGAUGAUACUCAUGUGAGUCUUGGCUAAUUUUUCCUGAUCCUCAAGUGUCAUCUCAUCAACAACAAAUAAGGACAUUUGCUACAAGAUCCUAUUGCACCCACCAACUCCACCUGCCAACACUAUGUCUGCAAAACUUGUAAAGGCAAGAAAAUGAUGAUGAAACCUUCAUGUAGUUGGUGCAAAGACUAUGAGCAGUUUGAGGAAAACAAGCAGUUAAGCAUCCUAGUGAACUGCUACAAAAAACUAUGUGAAUAUAUAACACAGACUACAUUGGCACGGGAUAUAAUAGAAGCAGUCGACUGUUCUUCUGAUAUUUUGGCUUUGCUUAAUGAUGGAUCACUGCUUUGUGAGGAGACAGAAAAACCCUCAGAUUCAUCCUUUACUUUGCCUUUGACACAUUCCCCUUUACCUUCGACCUCAGAACCUACAACUGAUCCUCAAGCUAGUUUAUCUCCAAUAUCUGAAAGCACCCUCAGCAUUGCUAUUGGCAGUUCUGUUAUCAAUGGUUUGCCUAUUUAUAAUGGGCUUUCAAUAGAUAGAUUUGGUAUAAAUAUUCCUUCUCCCGAACAUUCAAAUACGAUUGAUGUAUGUAACACUGUUGACAUAAAAACUGAAGAUCUGUCUGACAGCUUGCCACCUGUCUGUGACACGGUAGCCACUGACUUAUGCUCCUCAGGCAUUGAUAUCUGUAGUUUCAGUGAAGAUAUAAAACCUGGUGACUCUCUGUUACUGAGUGUUGAGGAAGUACUCCGCAGCCUAGAAACUGUUUCAAAUACAGAGGUUUGCUGCCCUAAUUUGCAGCCCAACUUGGAAGUAUCCAAUGUAUCCAAUGGACCUUUUCUGCAGCUUUCUUCCCAGUCUCUUAGCCAUAAUGUUUUUAUGUCCACCAGUCCUGCACUUCAUGGGUUAUCAUGUACAGCAGCAACUCCGAAGGUAGCAAAAUUGAAUAGAAAACGAUCCAGAUCAGAAAGCGACAGUGAGAAAGUUCAGCCACUUCCAAUUUCUACCAUUAUCCGAGGCCCAACUUUGGGGGCAUCUGCUCCUGUGACAGUGAAACGGGAGAGCAAAAUUUCUCUUCAGCCUAUAGCAACUGUUCCCAAUGGAGGCACAACACCCAAAAUCAGCAAAACUGUACUUUUAUCUACUAAAAGCAUGAAAAAGAGUCAUGAACAUGGAUCCAAGAAAUCUCACUCUAAAACCAAGCCAGGUAUUCUUAAAAAAGACAAAACAGUAAAGGAAAAGAUUCCUAGUCAUCAUUUUAUGCCAGGAAGUCCUACCAAGACUGUGUAUAAAAAACCCCAGGAAAAGAAAGGGUGUAAAUGUGGGCGUGCUACUCAAAAUCCAAGUGUUCUUACAUGCCGCGGCCAACGCUGCCCUUGCUACUCUAACCGCAAAGCCUGCUUAGAUUGUAUAUGUCGUGGCUGCCAAAACUCGUAUAUGGCCAAUGGGGAGAAGAAGCUGGAGGCAUUUGCUGUGCCAGAAAAGGCCUUGGAGCAGACCAGGCUCACUUUGGGCAUUAAUGUGACUAGUAUUGCUGUGCGCAAUGCUAGUACCAGCACCAGUGUAAUUAAUGUCACAGGGUCCCCAGUAACGACGUUUUUAGCUGCCAGUACCCAUGAUGAUAAAAGUUUGGAUGAAGCUAUAGACAUGAGAUUCGACUGUUAAAUCAGUGGGUCUUGAAACCUACCUCUGGUAGGGAAAUAGCUACAGUUUAAGGCAGCUAUGGUUUUGUUGGUUUAACUUGCCGGAGCUCCUGCAUAUAGAUCACUUGUAUCAAGUGUUUUCAUUGCUAAGUUAUAUGUGUUAGUGUCGGGGAAAUAGUUUGCAGAUAAUGGAGGAGUAACCCUACAACUAUAUGUCCUUAGUUCUUACAGAACCUCAUAGUUUGAGAACAAAUGCUGAUGCAACUGAUUUAUACAAAAUGAACUUUGGCAAGGAAAAUAACAUUAACCUCAUUGUUUGUGGUCAUGCUUUGUGCGUAAUCAAAGUUUAUGAUUAAAUGUAAGGAAGUGGUACCUAGUCAGUCCAUAAAGAUUGUGCUAAGUUUUUGUGGAAAAAGUAGCCAUUAGUUUGUUCAGGAGACUCAGUGCUACCUUUAGAUGCCAUUGAUGUUUCUCCUGUUGAAAAGCUGAUGUGUCCAGCUCAAUCUUUGUGCUGACAUAAUACCAUUUCUGAUCAUGAAAAUUGGCUACUGGUGUAUGUAGCAGUUCUUAAAUCAGCAGUAUUAUGAAAGAAAAUUUGCCCCUCAUUAGAAUGUUGAAGAAAUCUGUCUUUUAAAAGUGAUCAAACUGAAAUUCUGUCAGACUGCAUAUGUUUAAUUACUUAUGCUACAAAACUUCUGAGUUGAGCUCCUUUUUUUAGUUGUCUUGACUUAUUUCUAGGGAAAACAUUCUUGACCCUUUUCCUUCACUGUGAGCAAUGUUCUAACUAGAUAAAUGAAGUGGAGAAGAGCAGUUUUAUUCUGAAGCUGAUUGAGUUUAGACUAUAGUAUUUGACAGAAUUAAAAAAAAAUAAAAAUUUUAUUUAGAAAUUGGGAUGUAUUUAAAAUAAGUUUGGAAUAAUGCCCCCAAAUGUAUCCAGAUUUACACAUUGUACUUAUUGCUGUUGGCCACUUUGAUUUUUCGUUUCCUCUAAUAGUUUGCCACAGACUUUAUUUUAAA